GCUUUGGGGGUCCAGCACACUUCGUCACCUAAAUUCAACGCAUUUAGCCACUGUUAGCUCGUUAGCGAACGUUACUUGGCUAACUGACUCGAGCGUGGAGCUAAAUUAGCUAAACAUUAAUGAUAGUGUGUCCAUACUAUCAUUUCACUCUUUGACUACUUUUUCUAGGUUCGUAUUUGAAGUAAUUGUUAAGCUGACAUGCGUUAGUUUUUAAUAAAAGGACAACACUGGUCAUGUUUACCUGUUAACACGUGUGCUAUGGGAUGAUGGAGGAAAAAAUACCAGAGGAGAAUGGAGGGACGCUGCCAGCACAUGUGGAGAAGGAAGAGGAGAUGGAGGUUACCGUGACACCGCAACUAGAAGAUCCCAUCGUAACCCCCGGCAACUCAGACAUAUCAAACACAGAGGUACAGAUGGAGGAAACGACAGCAACACUUUCCUUACGGAGUGUGUUCAAGACCGAGGAGUCAGGCGAUUCAGACAGUGACAGCUCUUCAUCCUCCUCCUCUUCUUCCUCCUCCUCCUCCUCGUCAUCCUCUUCUCCAUCUGCACCUGUUUUGGCGGAUGAAGACGAUGACGAGGGUUUCAGCCAACCAGCGCCCAUCAGAACCAGAGAUGAAGUCCUGCUGGAGGAGCUGCCAGCAGUGGAGGAGGUGUUGGUGUCCUUACCGGAAGAUGCCGAGCUGCAGCCUGUAGGCACAGUUUCCAGUAUUCUGCAGCAACUUGUGAUAAUCCAGUCUCUGAAGGACACACCCCCUCUGACUGACGACAGUGUCAUCUUCACUUCUGAUAGGCUGGCUGUUGGCAAGGUGUUCGAGGUGUUUGGCCCUGUCUCCAGCCCGCUGUACAUCCUGCGUUUCAGCUCUGAGGAGCAGAUAAAAAGCAAGGGCCUGACCCAGGGACUGACUCUGUAUUACACACCUUCCAUCAAAGAAUACGCAAAGUACAUCCUCACUCAACAGCUCCAAGUCUUUAAGGGAUCUGAUGCAUCAUGGAAGAACGACCAGGAACCACCAGCAGAGGCUUUAGAUUACAGUGAUGACGAGAAGGAACAAGAAGCGAAGAGGAAAGGGAAGAACGCCCGGAAGAAGAGGCCCAAUAACCAACCAGAUAAUCCUGCCCAUGUUGCCCAGAACCCCUUGCAGCAGCAUCAGCCGCAGCAUCAGCAGCCACAGAACGUCAGGGGUUUCCCACCAAGACAUGCAGGGGCUCCCCUCAGGCAUCACAACCCGAGGAAUAAACAGCCAGCGUUCAGCCACACAGCCCCUCCACACACACCCAGACACACACACUUGCCCCCCAUGUACCUCCCCCCUCCCUGUCCUUACCCUCCUCAUCCACUUCCUCAUCCUCACUUCUUUCCCCCACCCAACUUCCCCAUGUACCCUCCUCCUCCCCCACCUCACUCUUUCUUCAAUCCGUCUUUCUCCUCUCCUCGCUGGCCUCCACAUUUCUCUGACCUCCCUCCUCCCCCGCCGCCUCCUCCUCCUCCUCAGUGAUGCCUACCUCACCCUCUGUACAUGUAGACUGUAGACCCCCGUUCAUUCAGCUGUGCAAUCAGUGAUAUUAAACCUACAGAUGCUCGGCAAUAUACUGUUAUAGAUAUAUAGGUCCUAAUCGAAAUCGUAUUUUUGUUUAUCUUUAAGUGACUUUCUCUCUUUGUCAAAUCCCCCCCCCCCCCUCAUUCACACAUGCUUACUGAAACCUACUCACCUUAAACACCAGACACUGAAGAGGCUGAAGCUUUGUGCAAGUGUCAUGACGGCAGCACGCUUGAUUCCAUUUCCCCACACACACAGAUGUUUUCUAUUCUAACCAAACGGGAAGCUGGGAGUCAUGGUCAGGGGUUUCCUGGUUCUAUAUGAUUUAUAUUUUUAAUUAUCCAGCAGGAAAAGAUGUGUGAAAAUAACCUCUCCAUCUUACACCUGUAUCGUUACAUCAUGAGAAAUGAACUGGCCAAAGUUUGUAACUGAUGUGCCCAGCAUGGCUCCGGCAUUAGAGAACAUUCCUCCUGGGCUGCAUUCCAAAUCUCAUACUGCCUCUGUGUGCUCAGGUGUCCGUACAGAGUGUGUACGCAGGAAGCAGACACACUGCAAACUCACCACAUGCUUCACAUCAACCUUUCCUUUUUGGCAUUCUGAGUUUCAAAUUUUUUGGUGGUAUGGGUAUUUGAAGGCACCCCUGAUCUCACACUGACAGAUGUGUAGCGGCCUCUCAUGAAACAUGUGUAAGGCUCAUUCAGGGGUCAGCUACUUUGCACCGGCAUAUUUAAAGAAAACUUAUUUCCCAUUCGUGUUUUUUGUCAAAUUUCACUUCGGCAGAAUUACGUGCACUCUAAGCAGAUUGUGAAAGCCUGACUGUGUGUGAGGCUCAUAUACACACUGUACACUCUGUGCUACGUUAAUUCAUUUGUUUUUAGUUCAUUUGUAAAAAAGAAAUUAAGGAGCACCUCGAUAAUGGCUGAAAUAACACACAGCUAGAUUGAAGUUGAGUUUAAGACGUACAUGAAAUGUCUAAAGAUGAUUUAUGAUAUACUGUAUAUAACAGUUAUAGACUGGAAGAAGGAUGAAGGUUUUAAGAUGAUUUGUUUAAAUAAUCAACUCAUUUGUUCUGUUAGGAUGUCACAUGUCAUAUUUUAUAUGUACUAUAUUUUUUUGCAGCCGAAUGCUCUGUCAGUGUUGACACUUUUCCACUUUUCACGAGCUGCGUCAAUGGAAAUAAAUGUCUGAGAGCAUCCUGUGUGUAAGCCUGUUGUGUAACGCUGCUGUUCCCCAACAGGAUGUUUCUACACAGUAACACUGGAACAUGUCACUGAUAAUUAUAUAUUACAUCAGUUCCAUUUAAAUGCUGAGGCAUGAAGCAAGGACUGUAGACAGACACCA